AUGACUCGAGAUACUCCAAGAAUUCAGGAAGAACGAAGCUUCAGCGGCGAAGAUGAUAUCCUCAAAGCCUUGUGGGUCGCUGCUCCUUUCCCAUACCUUCCUCAAGAUGCGCCGGACGAGUUGAAGAAACUCACAAUAGACGUCGAGGAUCCUAAACAAUUACAUGUCAUCCAUAACGCGAGCAGGCGACACCACUUUCAGUUAAUGGUAGAAAGCCAGGACAAUCCCGAACGAGGUCUCUGUCGCAAUCCUUUGGCAGAUUCACCGGUCCAACUCAACAAGCAUGUUAGAGUUACUGCACGAAGGAACAUAUCUGGGCCUAAGAAAAUACAUGUCAGUGGAGGGGAAACUACGAAAAGGAGCACGCCUAGUACAGAUAACGAGAGGUUCAGACCGGAUCCCUCACGAGCCUGCUCGACUGCAACUACUUCUGGUACUAGGAGUUUUAGAGAUAAUGUAGCGAGUAAUGAAGACAGUUCCGGUCAGAGUAGGAAAUCAAGAACUACCAUCCUGGAGGAAUAUACCACAACAGAUCAUAAAUCUUUCAUUCAAAAUGUGUUUGGUACGGUAGCUUUCAAAAUGGUGGAAUGGUUGACACCAAGAAAUCUGGAAGCACUCGCGAACCCGAACGACACCGCCUUGGAUUCAGAUGUGCGUUCCUCAUCACUGGCUCAGUCAACACCAAGUGAUGGCGCGAGCACACCGGCACAGAAACUGGAAAGUCCAAGUGCGGUGGAGACGGAGCUGUCAAGCAACAAAAGUUUCUUGCCGAAAUCUUCUGAAGUUUCAGCUGAAAUAUCAGGUGUUCCAGACCGCACGGUUAGGAACGAAGAGUCUACUGGUGCCGACGCUACAGACAUAAGUACACGGAGGGAGAUAAGCCCAAAUUUAUCACCUACUAUACCUACCGAUACCAAGCCUGGCAUUCAAUCGAGUCCAAAGGUACUGCACAAUGAAUCUGCACAUGUUGCAGGCGGGAGACCUCGGAGGAGGACAGACUCUUAUGACGCCCAUAUUUCUAAAGGAAUUUUGAACCUCUCAACUUCGCCAAGGACGACUGACACUGAUACUAGCCCCCCUUUAUCUCAUCAAUACAUCCACUCGAAGCCUAAACCGACCCGGCAUACCAUGAUAACCAAACCUGUUCUCCAUGUAUCCGAGAAGGACACUCCCUCGCCCAUAACGCCCGUGAUCAGUGCCUCGGUUAAGCCUUCUGUACCGGCGGAACCUGAAUCCGACCUCAAAUCCGAUUCAGAGGAUAACGCAGCCAAAAACAGCUCAGUUGAAUGUCAAAAACUCGAGCCACGUUUAUCCGAUGAAAAACUACCACAAUCCCUCUCAUCACUACCCAUCGAGGUGGUUAAUCUGAUAUGUGACAUUCUCGAAAAUGAUAAAACUUUCGAGAAGCACCAACUACAUCCUGAUCACAUAGACGAUGAUUUGAAGAGACAUCAAGUACAUAAAACUCCUUUACAUCGAAAUAUCAACUCGUCAAGUGGCUAUCCAAAAUCAAUGAAAAACCAAUGGCGUCGAUUCAUUGAUCAGAGUUUGUACUCUGUUCUAAGUAGUCCCGAUUCUCUGAUAAAAUCUUUCACUGGCCGAGAUGGACAGAUAUUUGACACGCAGACUAUUUGGUACUGCAUGUUACGGAUGACUCGAGUCGCACCAUCUAUUGUAUUUGACAGCCUAUGGAUUGCCGCUGGAACACUUUUCAAACCUCCAAAGCAAUUGGAGUGGGCCAAGCAGCCUCAUAGUGAUAGUUCAGGCUCAAAUCAAUCAUUAUCCAAAGCUGAUGCCGCUCAAAUAAUAAGUAUAUGCUUUCAUGCACUCGUAGCUGCGGCACCUUUGUUGAAGGAUCCUAGGCAGUUGGCAAACAUGUCUCGUAUAAGAUCAUAUGGAAUUGCGUUGCCUGGAAGGGAAUCAUCCACAUCAGAAUCAGCCAGGUUAUGUCUUCAAUAUGAUGAUGCAUUUACAGAUGAAUUGGCAUUGAGAUUAGCUCGCCGAGUCUUCUCUGCUGUUUCCACGAGACGCAGGUUUUCCCAGCUAAUCCAGCUCCAACAAGAUAUUAGGGGUGAUGAGAACGAACAAGAUGGUUUCUUGGAAAUUAUUCUUGAUAGUCUCAAAUACCUCGAUCUAGAUAAGUCGCCUCUGCUCAACUUUACUGAUGUAGAACGGGAUUUGCAUGAGAAGAGAAUCCCUACCUUGAUACUCGAUUGGGCACGAACAGUAAUGUUACAAGAUUGGGAUGGCAAAGCAGAAGUUCCUUCCGAUGGGUCAUUUGGGGGUGCUUUAGAAACUAUUGCGACAAUAUACAGGAAUAGAAAAUCGCUUUUACUAGGAGACAUACAUUUUCGAACGGAAUAUUUUUCGGAUCGUCUAGAUAGUAUUGCUAUGCCGCUUGAGUGGCUGUCUUUCCAGGCAAAUAAACGUACCGUACAUUUACUCGAUUAUCCAUAUUUAUUCAACCCUUCAACGCUGGUCAACUACUUUCGAGCCAUCAAUUACUCACGGAUGAAUCAAUCGCAUGAGGAAGCAAAAUCCAUGUAUAACCUCGUUAGGACGCACGAAGGACUGAUCCCCAAUGAAGACCACCGACGUAAACUUCGGGAACGCCUUCACACAGCCACAUCAAGGUUCUUGGUCAUUGUAGUCAGCCGGGAAAAUCUACUGUCAGACGCUUUCAACGUGCUCUGGCGAAGAGAAGAACGUGAGUUGAUGCGACCAUUAAAGGUAUCAUUGGGUGGAGAAAUAGGAGAAGAAGGCGUCGAUAUGGGUGGAGUUCAGCAGGAGUUCUUUCGGAUAGCCAUGACUGAAGCUCUUAAUCCGGACUACGGGGUUUUCACAAUUGAUGGUACGACGAAAAUGACUUGGUUUCAACCAGGAUCGCCAGAGCCUCUAUGGAAAUUCGAGCUCAUCGGAACGAUCAUGUCUCUAGCAGUCUACAACGGCAUGACUCUACCUAUUACGUUUCCAAAAGCGUUUUAUAGAAAAUUACAGGGGGAAAGCAUCACAGAACUCCACCACAUCUCAGAUGGAUGGCCCGAGCUUGCUAAGGGUCUAACAGAUCUACUGGAAUGGGACGAAAAUAAAGGAGCUGUCGAAGACAUUUUUUGCCGAACAUAUGAAUUCAGUCAAUUUCAGUUCGGAAAACCAGUGAGCCGUGAAAUGAGCACCUCAUCUCAAUGGCCCAAGUAUUCGGAUGUCAAUAUAGGUGAAAGUAAUGAGGAUCCAGGCGAGGUAGAAGCACCUCUUGUCACGAAUGAAAAUCGCAAUAACUAUGUUAGUGAUUAUAUCAAUUGGCUUACUAACAUAUCUAUCCAACCUCAAUUCGAGGCAUUCAAGAAAGGAUUUUUUGCCUGUCUCGACCCUCGGUCCAUUUCCAUUUUCGACUCCGACACCCUCCAAUCUCUAGUGGAAGGCGUGCAAGAAAUCGACAUAGUCGAGAUGCAACGCGGCACUCAAUAUAUUGGGUACGAGGCCGGAGAUCGUGUUAUUCAAGAUUUCUGGUCGGUGGUUAAAGAAUACGACUUGGAAAAGAAGAAAAAGUUGUUGGAAUUUACCACGGCGUCGGAUAGGGUUCCUAUGGGUGGAAUGAGGAAUUUUCAACUCAGAAUUAUGAAGAAUGGGGCCACAGAUGAACAGUUACCGAGUAGUUAUACGUGCUUUCAGAAUUUACUCCUACCGAAUUAUUCGAGUAGACAAAUUUUGAAGGAGAGGUUUGAUAUUGCGUUGGAGCAUUCUAAGGGGUUUGGCUUCAAUUAA